AUGUGGCUCCGAGUGGUACAGCUUCUUCGCCCGUCAAUACGGAGGCCCAUACUCUCCACCUCUUUUUCAACCAUGACCGACGAAUUGAAGUAUCGCCUGCCAACGAAUGUAGUCCCCACACAUUAUGACCUGACUUUCUACACCCAAAUCGCUCCAAACACAUCCAAAUUUGGAGGCUUUGUCAAAAUUUCCCUUGAUAUCCUUCGCGACAGUUCUACCGUCGAGCUCAACUCCAACGAUCUGACACUGGGAGAAGCCACGAUCUCCUCCGAUGCCUCACAAAUUCAACAAUGUGAAAAGACUGUCGAUGCCGAGCAGCAACGCGUUAGCUUCUCAUUCGGACAGACUCUCAAAGCUGGAUCCAAGGCGUUUCUGAAUAUCCCUUUCAAUGGCCAACUGAAGAACACGAUGACGGGUUAUUACUUGUCUACUUGGCAGGACAAGGGAGAAACGAAGCAGUACGCGUUGACGCAGUUCGAACCCACGGAUGCGCGUGCGGCGUUUCCAUGUUGGGACGAACCACUACUCAAGGCAACAUUUGCCAUCACCAUGAUCUCCACACCGGACUCUACCAAUCUCAGCAACAUGCCCGCCAUCUCAGAAACAACAUACGAUCCUGCUAGCCACUCCGAGACAUCAGACAUCGCUCAGCUUUUGUCUUCUUUCCCCCCCUCGGAUAAAUGGAAAAUCACUCGCUUCCAAACAACACCUAAAAUGAGCACAUAUAUAGUUGCUUGGGCUACAGGAAAUUUCGUACAUCGUGAAACCACUGUUGCAUUGCCUCUUAGUCGCAAAACCAUUCCUCUUCGCAUCUAUAGUACCCCCGAUGUCAUUCAUCAGGCCCAGUUUGCGCUUGAUGUCGCCGCUCGCGUUCUACCUAUCUAUGAAGAAGUAUUCGAGGUCGAAUUCCCUCUCCCUAAACUGGACACUCUCGUGGCAUCUGACUUCGACGCCGGAGCUAUGGAAAACUUUGGCCUCAUAACCGGGCGAACCUCUGCCUUCUUACUGGAUCCUGAACAUGCGGACAUCAGCGGUAAAAAGAAUGUCGCCAUGACGCAGUCCCACGAGGUUGCUCAUAUGUGGUUUGGCAAUAUCACCACGAUGAAGUGGUGGGAUAACCUCUACUUGAAUGAAGGUUUCGCUACCCUCAUGGGCGAAGUCAUUAUAUUAGGCGAGUUUCUGAUCUUCCCGGAAUGGAAGGCUAGAGAAUCGUUCAUUUCGGAUCAUCUUCAAUCAGCUUUGUCUCUGGAUGCAAAACUGUCCUCCCAUCCUAUCGAAGUCGAGUGUCCCGAUGCGAACCACAUCAACCAAAUAUUCGAUUCGCUGUCGUACUCUAAGGCAGCGUCAGUACUCAACAUGCUUUGCAACUAUGUGGGACAGGACAAGUUCCUCAAAGGCGUCUCAAUCUACCUCAAAAAGCAUCUCUUCUCCAACGCCGUUACAGAGGAUCUUUUCCGCGGCAUUUCGAACGCAACCGGUGUCGAUGUCGUCCGUCUAAUGGACAACUGGAUAAAGAAGCAAGGCUUCCCUGUAAUCACUGUGACAGAGAAUGGCAACGGCAUCAAGUUGCGUCAAGAUCGUUUCACUGAAGCUGGGCUCGCCACACCCGAAGAGAACGAAACCAUCUGGAAUAUUCCGUUGUCAAUCGUCACCGUCGACGCCAAUGGAGACGCGCACGUGGAUAAAACUGCUCUAUUGGAAGACCGAGAGAAAGAGUUUGCGAUAGACACCACCCGCGAUUUCAAGCUGAAUAGGAAUACCAUAGGCGUCUAUCGAGUCCUAUAUACCCCAGAACGCUUAGCGAAGAUUGCGGCUGCGGCUGCAAAGCAGGACUCGAUUUUCACAUUGGAGGAUCGAAUGGGCCUUUUGUAUGACAUCAUGGCCUUUUCCAAGGCCGGCCUUGCCCAACCGAGUGGACUUUUAACAGUAAUCAACGCUCUCGGUGCCACGGAGAAAGAACAUUUGGUGUGGUCAAGCAUCUCGGAGGCUCUGAGUGGCCUGCUAUUCACUUUCUGGGAAUCACCUCAGAUCGUCGAAUCUCUACGCGCCUUCGCUCGUACCCUUUUCGUUCCCCUCGUGCAACGUUUGGGAUACGAGUACUCCCAAGACGAGUCAACGGACGUAACACAGCUCCGAACUCUGGCAAUCUCCUCAGCACUGAUGGGUCAAGAUAAGCAAGUCAUCGCCGAGUUGCAAGCCCGUUUCAAGCACUAUAUGGAGACCGGAGACGACUCUAGAAUCCCAGCAGAUCUACAGUCGUCCAUAUUCAUCACGGCAGUCAAAUAUGGUGGUCAAGCUGAAUACGAUGCUGUUGUCAACAUUCAAGAGAAGCCCAAGACUCCCACGGCACGCAUCGCAGCAAUAUACGCGAUGGGUCGCACCGAGGACCCGGUCCUCCUCGAGAAAACCUUCUCCUACAUCCUCGGCAAAUCCCGUGAUCAAGACAUAAUCUACUUUUUCCGCGGUUUGCAGUCGAAUGUUUCCGCAAGACGCAAGGUGCCUGAAUUCUUCAAAACCAACUACGACACCUUCAUGAAGCGCUUUGAAGGCAAUUUCAUGAUCAAAUCUCUGGUUUCGACCUCGUUUGGUGGUUUGUCAAGCCAGGAAGAUCUCUUAAUGGCGCAGACGUUCUUCAAGGACAAAGACAACUCGAAAUACCACAUGGCUCUGGCACAAACGCUUGAGUCGAUCCAGACUCGCAUUGCUUACAUCAACCGGUCAAGUGCUGAUGUUGAAUCUUGGUUAUCGGAAUGGGAAAAUCGACCAAAAUUAUAG